GUGAAUUAUAUAGAGCCCCUUUAAGAAAACAGAGGUGCCCAGCACAAGGCAGUAUUGAAAUACACGAGGACAAUGAGGAAGGAGUUCAACACCAGAACUGCAAAAUUCAUGUACUAAUUUUGAUCCUGCAUGGGGGGAACAUCUUAGACAUGGGAGCUGGGGAUCACAGCAGCAAGCUGGCAGACAUCAACACCUUCAGUUCUGUGUUUGAGAAGGUGACCCGAGACCAUUUCCCUGCCUCUUUGGGCCACGUCUUAAUGAGACUUGUUCCCUGCCCAGCAAUCUGUUCAGCAGCUUUCUCUCUUGUUUCCAACCUUUUUCUCCUGAUCAUAACGUCCUUCUUUAGCCUAAAUCCCUACAGCUAUGAUGAGAGCUGUCUCAGCAGCAGUGAAGACCACAUCCCGUUGGCUGCCUUGCCUUUGCUGGCUGUUUCAUCCCCUCAGUACCAGGAUGCAGUUGCCAUGGUGAUCAGUAGAGCCAAUCAAGUUUACAACGAGUUUCUCAAGUCUACAGAUGGGGCUGGUUUUAAUGGACAGGUGUGUCUCAUUGGUGACUGCAUUGGAGGAAUUUUGGGCUUUGAUGCCAUCUGCUAUAAUUCUAAUACAACUGACGAGAGUCGGAACAGUAGCAGGAGAGGAAGCGUCAGCAGCAUCCAGGAUAAUCACCUCUUAGCAGAGGACUCCAGUCUCGGUGGCAGCAAACACCUGAGCAAAAGCAAUACUGACAUCUCGGGAAUCACAGAGGAUGAGAAGCCAAGACAGCCACUGCCUCGGAAACAGAGUGACUCAUCCACCUAUGACUGUGAUACUAUAACCCAGCAUCAUGCUUUCCUGUCUAGCAUCCAUUCAAGUGUGUUGAAAGAUGGUGCAGACUUUCCUCCUGUGGAUUCCAGUCUCUCAGAAGUAAACCGGGGCCGAUUUGAAUUUGAGGUGUCUGAUUUCUUCCUCUUUGGAUCGCCACUUGGUUUGGUGCUGGCCAUGAGGAGCACUGUUUUGCCUGGCCUGGAUGUAUGCCAGGUCCGACCAGCCUGCAGCCAAGUGUACAGUUUCUUUCACUCUGCUGACCCCUCUGCCUGCAGACUUGAACCAUUGCUGGAGAAAAAGUUUCAUCUCCUGCCUCCAUUCAGUGUCCCUCGGUACCAGAAACACCCACUAGGGGAUGGAAGAUCUCACCAGUUAGGUGAUGCUCUCCACAACCACAGUGCUCUGUUCCUUGAGAACAGCUCUUUGAACAUGCCUUUCUCUCAGGAGAGUCCUGGAUCUCCAAAUGCACCUGAUCAACCACAAGGGAAAACAAGAAAGUUGAGCUUGGGCAGCACAAACAGUGAAAACUCAGGGUCAACAGAAAGCUUACCAUCAGCAUGCCUCACCAACAUUACUGCAAAGUGGUGGGGAACAAAACGCAUAGAUUAUGCCUUGUAUUGUCCAGAUGUACUGACGGCCUUUCCAACUGUGGCCCUGCCACAUCUCUUCCAUGCCAGCUACUGGGAAUCAACAGACGUUGUGGCCUUCAUUUUGAGACAGGUGAUGAGGUAUGAAAAUGUAAAUUUCAAGGAAAAUGACAACCUGGAUCCAGCAACACUAAGUCCAUCCAAUCCAAGAGAAAAGUGGCUGCGCAAAAGGACGCAUGUCAAACUGAGAAAUGUGACUUCUAAUCACCGAGCUAAUGAUGUCAUUGCAGCAGAAGAUGGUCCUCAGGUACUAGUUGGGCGCUUUAUGUAUGGACCUCUGGACAUGGUGGCUUUAACAGGUGAAAAGGUGGAUAUCUUCAUAAUGACUGAGCCAUCUUCGGGUAGGUGGGUGUACUUUGACACAGAGAUAUCCAACAGCAGUGGCCGGAUAUCUUACAGCAUACCUGAACAGAAGAGACUGAGAGUUGGUGUGUAUCCCAUCAAAAUGGUGGUCAGAGGGGACCAGAGCAGUGCUGCAAGUUACCUGACUGUGCUUCCCCGAGGAAUGGAGUGUGUUGUGUUCAGCAUUGAUGGUUCAUUUGCAGCAAGUGUUUCAAUUAUGGGAAGUGACCCCAAAGUCCGAGCAGGGGCCGUUGAUGUUGUCAGGCAUUGGCAGGACCUGGGAUAUCUGAUUAUCUAUAUCACCGGCCGUCCAGAUAUGCAAAAGCAACGUGUGGUUUCAUGGUUGUCUCAACACAACUUUCCACAAGGGAUGAUCUUCUUCUCAGAUGGACUUGUUCAUGAUCCACUGCGACAAAAGACCAUUUUUCUCCGGAAUCUCAUGCAAGAGUGCCACAUCAAAAUCUGUGCCGCAUACGGUUCCAUGAAGGAUAUUUCUGUGUACAGUGUCUUGGCUCUGUCGCCAUCCCAGAUCUACAUAGUUGGACGAUCAACAAAGAAAUACCAGGCACAAUGUCAAUUCCUCAGUGAAGGUUAUGCAGCCCACUUGGCCUCGCUGGAGUUCAGUCUCCAUUCACGACCCAAAAAGAACAACUCUCGGAUGAUCUUGAGGAAAGGCAGCUUUGGCCUCCACUCCCAACCUGAGUUUUUGCGCAAGAGAAACCACCUCCGCAGGACUAUGUCUGUACAGCAACCUGACCCACCUUCUUUGAACCCCAAGCCAGAGCGUGCCCAGAGCCAGCCUGAAUCAGACAAAGAUCACGAUAGGCAUUUGCCCUCCAUUGCUUGGGUUCGAGGUGGAGUUCACAAAUUUGAAUCUGUUCCCUAGGAGCUUGGGAAUAUAGAUCUUGGGUGCACCCCAUUAAGCCUGUAAGCAUGCCUCAAAAAUAAUAUUUGGGCAGCUUCAAACUAAGAGAUAGAGAUGGGAACCUGUACCUUGGAGUCUUUCCUGCUCUGAAAUCUGCCUUCUUGCACCAAGUGGGGAACUUCCAGUGUGUUUAUUGGGAAAUUUGAAAACAAUCUAAAACUAUUGCAGGUGCUUACAGCAUCAAAGCAAAAGGAA